AUGGCAGAUAAUGGAAUGACAUUUUAUGAAUUAUCUAUGGAACUACUCAAUGGUGAGAUCUUCAGUUUCUCCAACCUCAUAGGAAAGGUGGUGUUGAUCGAAAAUGUUGCAUCCUUAUGAGGCACAACCAUCAGGGAUUACCAACAGAUGAAUGAGCUCCAGAGUCGCUACGGCAACCAGGGGUUUGUAAUUCUGGGUUUUCCUUGCAACCAAUUUGGCUACCAGGAAAAUAUCUACAAUGAGGAGAUCCUUAAUUCCUUGAAAUAUGUCCGUCCAGGCAAUGGCUUUGAACCAAAUUUCUAUUUGUCCAAAAAGAUUGAAGUAAAUGGAGAAGAUGAGAAUCCAGUCUUCACUUUUCUGAAGAAGAAGUUGCCUGAAGCUUAUGAUGAUCCUGACAUCUUAAUGCGCGAUCCAAAGUUUAUAGAUUGGAAGCCAGUCCGUCGCUCUGAUAUUGGCUGGAAUUUUGAGAAAUUCCUUAUUGGGCCAAAUGGUGAGCCAUAUAGACGAUAUAGCAAAAACUUUCUCACCAUUGAGGUUGAAGAUGACAUCAAAUUUCUUCUUCCAAAGAAUGAAUGA